AUGGCGCUCGCGGACGUCCUCCUCCGUCUCGCCCUCAUCGCGCUUCUCCGUGUCGGUAAGGCGAGAGCGGACACGGCCGUCGGUUCUCGAGCGCGCGCGAACGCGACCGCUGGUUCUAUCGUUUCGACGAACGCGACGAAGGCUCGCGCGUCCUCGCCCGCGCCCGCGCCGCUCGCGGACGCGGACGCGAGCGAUGACCUCUUCGCUUGCAGGAUCGUCUGCAGGGAAGAGCGGUGGAGCCCGACGUGCUGCGCGAACGGCACGUACGCGAACGGCUGCUGGAACGCGUGCGCCAUCUCCGCGCUGCGAAGACCGUCGUGCGUGGCGACGCCCGGGAGGUGCGAGCCCUCGCGCGAACGCUUCCGAGCCAACGACGGGUGCGUGCAAGACUGCGUCGUCGACUGGGCCAGGACCGGGUACGCGUGGCAAGACAUGGCGUGCGGCGAAGACGGGACGACGUACACGACGGCGUGUUUCGCGAGGUGCAGCAACGUCGCGUACACGCUCGGGGAGUGCCACGACGUCGGCGGCGGGCGUCGCGUCGCGUGA